AUGAUCAAAAUAUCAGCUUUAAAUGAUGAAUCUGAAGAGGAUAGUGGUUCCGAAGAAGAGGUUACGAAAGAAGCGCUUGAACAGAUCGCCUUGCAGCAAUAUGCUAAAGCACUCGAUCUGCAAAGAAAGGGUAAUCUGCCAGAUGCAACUCAGCUCUUGAAGGACUUACUUGAUACCGAAUUAUUGUAUAAUGUGAACAAGCCCGCACCAGGGGAGAAAGUAGCUGGGCCCCUGUUCAAUUUGAAAUAUCUAUGUUAUAAAAAUUUGGCUUCAAUGCUCAGCGCAGCGGACGAUGUGGAUGCUGCCAUAGAAUCGUAUAUUUCAGCUUCGGAACUAGACGAUACCGAUGUUAUUGACCUGGAAGUAAUAGAUAAAAUAGAAGAGAAUAACACAGACAAUGAGAAAAAUACUGAGAAUGUUUCUGAAAAUGAAAAUAAUGAACUAUCUGAUAAACAAGUUACUGACACAGAGAAAGUUGAAAGUGACGUUGAAAUGGUUGCGUCCGAAUCGGCUGCUGAAUCCGCACCAGAACCUAAAACGCAGAAAAAAGCGCCAGUUCGUCGGAGAGGAAGUGCACUAAGCUUCUUAGAGCAAUGGGAAUGGUGUAACAAACGUCGUUCUGGACGAAAGAAACCAGGAACAAGCAAACAGGAUCGCUGUGACGAUAACAUUUAUGAUACAUUAAGGCGAUUGGUACCAAUAGCCUUAACACCAGAGAUGAUACAAAAAAAAGAGAAUCAACAGAGGGAAACUUCUCCAGAUGUAGCUGAUUUAGAUAAGUUAUUUGAGGAAAAAGAAAAAAUGGAACAAAAAAUUGAGGAUGAGUAUUUUGGCUCUGAAAACCACAACGUAACACCACAUUCUUUGGACUGGAAUCGAGCUCAGCAAUUGUAUGAGAUAUUCCGACCUCAUGAACUGCCAGCUUUAGAAGGCAAGGUUUCCGGUAUUACGGCCGACGUGGAACAGCUGUUUCAUCGUAUUCUUGCUCUUUUACCUCAAGAAAGUGAUCCCGCGAAAUAUCUACCUGAUAUGGAGAAAUAUGUCAAAGAAGUUUUGGAGCUGCACUAUCGGAUACACGCCUCAAUUCUGAAGUACAUCGAACAGCACGAGAACAAACCAAUUCCAUCGUCCGUUGGCAAAGUUUUUUUAACUUGUAUUGAUGAAUGGCAAAACGGGCCGUUCACGAAGAAAACUCGAAAGGAUGGUGUCAGUGAUGAGGCCGAAGCCAAAAUUGAAGAACCUGUGCAAGCUGGAAAUAUCCUCAAACGCUCUGUGAGUGAUGCCGGCGAGGAAGACACGCAUGAAGCCAAGAAACUUAAACUCGAAGCAGCAGCUGCUAAAGUAAGAAGAUCGGCAUCUUAUGACACUGAGAGGGUACCACCUAAAGAAUUGCAAAAUGCUUCUACAGAACUGACUAAAGCUACUGAUUCUGUGCCAGUUGUAGCAGAAGCAAGCGAUGUAAUUAUAAAAGACGGUGAUCAAGAAAAGUUUACGAAUAAACACGCAGGAACCAAGAACACAAAUGAAAUAGAAAAGAUUGAAGAGAAAUGUGUUUCAGAUAAACCGGAAAAACCUACUAUCGAUCAAGAAGCUGUUAUCAAUAAGAAAGAUGAUAGCUCCAGUAGUUCAUCAUCUAGUUCCUCGUCAGAAUCUAGCUCUAGUGAAUCUUCGUCAGACAGCAGCAGCGAUUCGAGUAGAGAUAGCGACAGUUCGAGCAAAUCAUCAGAUGACACGAAGCAGCUGACAGAUAAUGAGAUCAUGAAGAUUGUUUCCGCCUGUUUAGAUGCCUUGGAGGACUGCGCCAGUCGAUUUCCACCACAUUACAAGGCGAUUUACCGGCUCGCACACUAUCAUUUUUACUACAAAAAAGGUAAAGAUAUAGAAAGAUGUAGAGAUCUUAUGUUGUCAAACUUUACCUUACGGUGUGGCCAAAAACUUGGUGGAAUGUUUAGCGAGAGAAAGCAUUCGAAUUUCUUCAACAACAUCUGGAAAAUACCUUCAGCGGAAGUGGAUAGGGCUGGCAGUUUCGCAUUUCACAUGAAUCGUUCCGUGAUGCUUACAAUGGAGAUACUGAAAGAGAUAGACGAUCACAAAACAUUGCUCGAUCUGAGUUUACAUCUACAGAGGAUUCCAGAGCCGGACAAAAAGUAUUUGCGCGACUCGGACAGGGAGGAAUUGGCGCAACAAGCAUUUUCGCUUUGCGUUCAAUCGUUGAAGGGCCAACUACUUAAAUUCAGCCAACAAGCGGAUUUAAAAAGCAACGACGUCGAGCGUCAAACGCUCAAGAGCUUGAUGCUCGAUAUCUACCGAGCGUACCAGAGAGCGCAGAAACAACCAAACUCGAAACAGUUCACAAAUCUGUUAAUCGACGCAUACAAAUUAGUCGUGACAAUACCGAUCCCAGAAAACGCCAAUUUAGUCGAUCUCAGCAUGAAGUACUGUCAAACCAUAAUCCAGACAUUAAAGCAACAGGCGACCAUGGCGAGUUUGGAUAAGACUCAGAAUCAGCAGAAGAAGCAAAUCACUAAGGCCGCCGAAGUUGUGAAAACUACGACAACAGCGCCUGUAACGCAAUCGAAACCCGAUAAGCCACCGUCCGCUCCAAGUCAACAGUCAUCUUCGUCCGGCCUACCGAAGAUAUCGGCUCAUGAAAUGGCAGCGGCAUUCCAGAGCUACGUUCCCAUGCUCAACGAACAGCUGUUCACCCAACAGACCGCUGCGGCUUUGUCUCUGUCGUACCUUAGCAACAUCAGCGCGCUAGCCGGCUAUACGUCUUUGCAAAACACCCUUCAGUCGUCCCUACAGAAUAGCCUGCAAAAUUCGUUUCAAGCUGAAUUCUACCGGCAAUUCCUCGGACAGAGUUACCCCUCAUUUAGCUUGCCGCCGCCGAAAAAGCAGAAACGCGGUCCCAAGCCGUCCACGAGCGGCAGAGCUGCCUCGGUUAGCACUGCGUCACUGAAAUCGUCUAAAUCGUUGCCACCGUCCACAAAAUCCCUACCGACGCCGGUUAUAACCAGCUUACAUAAAUCCGCCUCAACCACCCUGGCUCCUAGCAUGGGGACAGUGUUGCCGACAUUGCCGCCAUCCUUGACUGCUAACAUAACCUCAUAUAGCGCGCCUCACACGUCCCAUUCGUGUUACACCCAACCGACUCAAGCGCACUUGUCAAGUACUCCCGCAAUUAGCUCGUCCAUACACACGAAGCCACCACUGCCCCACCAAGCCAGUCCCGGGAAAACGCUGCAAGAGAAGUUAGCCGAACGACAGAAAAAUCUGCCAGCACCAAAAAGCGUAGCGCAGGAAAUAAAUGCAUCGAUAAGUAGACUCCCCUCAUCGCUCACUAUAACAAAGACGUCCAUGCAAAAGGCUUCGGUGAUUCAAAGUAAAAAACCUGAAGCCAAGAAGAGUUUGGCUUUCGUAGAAAUUGAAAGAUCUAAAAAGCCAAUAUCGUCUGAUGAGGUAAUAGUUUUAGAUGACGAU